AUGGUGACCAUCACUCUUUAUCGAAUUUAUGUGGAAAAAAUAGUUGAAUAUCGAGCUCUAUUAAAGCAACAGGUUGAUAAUACGCUAUCAACAGGGAAAUUACAGCGAUUGAUACCACAAGAUCGUCAUCAACCCGUAAAAUUAAAGAUAAAUUCUAAUGAUCUUCCAACAUUAUCAUCUCCGUCAAAAGGAACUACUCCUUGGAGAUUAGCGUCAGCACAAUCGCAGAUAGCAACCAUUACGAAGGAAAAUGAAGAACCAACAAGAAUGUUAUUAGAGAUAAUUAAGAAUAUUUUAGAAAUGAAGGAUUAUACCCAUAGUAUGAAUGAUAAAUUGGAUCGGAUUAAUGAGAGAGUCAACAAUAAAGCUCUCGAUACAGAAUUGCAUCAUGAAACUGUUAAAAUUACUACCUAA